UGACGAAGUCGGAGACGGCUCCGGAAAGAAGGAAGUGAAAGUGAGUCCAUCGGUUGGAGGGAGCCUUGGCCGACAUCAAGAAGCAGCUUCAGGAUGAAAUGCUGUGGCAGAUGGAUGCGGAGAACAGGCUGCAGAGCCUGAAGGAGGAGCGAUUCCAGAAAAACAUCUACAGUGAGGAGCUCCGUGAGAGCAAACGCCGCCACGAGACGCGCCUGGUGGAGAUCGACAACGGGCGCCAGCGGGACUUCGAGAAGAAGCUGGCCGAUGCGCUGCAGGACCUCCGUGGGCAGCACGAGGCCCAGGUCAGGCUCUACAAGGAUGAGCUGGAGACGACCUAUGCAGCCAAGCUGGAAAACGCCAAGCAGUCGGCCGAGAGGAACAGCAGCCUGGCUGGGACGGCUCACGAGGAGCUUCAGCAGACACGGAUUCGCAUCGACAGCCUCUCCGCCCAGCUCAGCCAGCUGCAAAAGCAGCUGGCAGCCAAGGAGGCAAAGCUGCGGGACCUGGAGGAUUCCCUGGCCCGGGAGCGGGAUACCAGCCGGGAGAAGGAGCGGGAGAUGGCCGAGAUGAGGGCCCGUAUGCAGCAGCAGCUGGACGAGUACCAGGAGCUGCUGGACAUCAAGCUGGCCCUGGACAUGGAGAUCAACGCCUACCGCAAACUCCUGGAGGGCGAGGAGGAGAGGUUGCGCCUCUCCCCCAGCCCCUCCUCCCAGAAGAGCGGCUCCCGCAUCCGGGUCUCUUCCUCUGGACAAAGCGCCACCAAGAAAAGGAAGCUGGAGGACGGCGAGAGCCGCACCACCUUCUCCCAGCAUGCCCGCACCAGCGGCCGCGUGGCUGUGGAGGAGGUGGACCUGGAGGGCAAGUUUGUCCGGCUGAGGAACAAGUCCAGCGAGGACCAGUCGCUGGGAAAUUGGCAGAUCAAGCGCAGGUUCCCUCCCAAGUUCACCUUGAAGGCCGGCCAGCUGGUCACGAUCUGGGCUGCGGGUGCAGGCGUGUCCCACAACCCCCCCACGGACAUGGUCUGGAAGAACCAAAACUCCUGGGGUUCCGGCGACAGCUUACGCACAGCACUGCUGACCUCCACUGGGGAGGAGGUGGCCAUGCGGAAGCUGGUGCGCACGGUUGUUGUCAAUGAUGACGAUGAAGAGGAUGAUGAGGAUGGCGCCCACGGCCACCAUCACCACAGCCACUGCAGUGCCAGCGGAGAUCCGGGCGAGUACAACCUGCGUUCUCGCACAGUGUUGUGUGGCACAUGUGGGCAGCCGGCAGAGAAGUCAUCCGGGGGCAGGAAUGUGGGCACCAGAACCAUGUCCACCGGCUCCUCCUCCUCCUGCUUGACCAUCACGCGCAGCUACUGCAGUGGAGGCACCAACCUCGGGGAGAGCCUCCUGCUCCGCACCUACAUCCUGGGCAGCUCCACCCCACGCCAGCAGGUCCGGUGGACUUCAACUCCCAGGAUUCCCCCGGCAGCUGCUUCCAGAUUUGGGGGCCUCCCGGACUCCCCCCCCCACUUUUCCCUCGGUCUUUGGAGGCAGCUUUUGCGGCGCCCCUCCGAAGGCAGCACGGGCAGCGCCUGCCCUCUAGUGGCCGCCUGUGGGAAACGCCCGGGAGACCCUCCCAACAUUCAGGCUGCUUGAAAUGGGGAGCAAGGCGGGCGGGAGGGGAGGGGGGGCAGCAGCGCUCCUUGCCCUCCAUGGAGCCCCCCCACCCUUUGCCCCGCCCCCUUUCCCUCCCCACGUGCGGGGGGCGGGGGGGGCUUUGUGCAUGCUCCGCUUUCUGUAUUGGCAC